AUGAUGUGAAGUAAGAGUACUUGUAUCUCGCAACUCACUCAAUCCGACUAACACAUAAACAUCAUCAAUGCUUUAUGAGUAGUUCUCUUUGCGAACUGAUACAAAGACAGAAAAGCGGCAGCAGUAAGAUGCGGAGCGGUAAAGUGGAUCGUAACCACGCAGUCUUUAUCGAGCGCACUCGGGAGGGGGACCAGUUUUAUAGCAUACUCGCUACGCGCUCCAGUUCAGACAGUGAUUGCAAGCAACUUCAACCUCCUCAUCGGAAACAGAAACGGAGACACUCUGCGUUAUCAAGCAGUAAUGUUUGGAGAAGCGUGUUCUUGACGGGAACUUUCUUUCUUGCUCUAGUGCUUCUGGCUACUAUGGCUUGGCUCGUCAUUACCAUGAAGUUCCGACUUGAAACUUUGGAAGUUAAAGUUAUGAGACUGGCGAACGAUGUUGAUAGCUUGUUACGGACUCAACUGACUUGGAGUUCUACUCAGACCACGAUGAAUAGUUUAAGUGGCCAAAUACAAGGUAUCAAGAGUGAUAUCGAGAGAGUUGAGGCAUCGAAUAAGUCACCAGAAAAGGGACAGUAUGACGACCUAGCCCAGAUCCAAAAACAGCUAACACAAUCUGUACAAGAUUUGGAAAGUCAGAUAGGAGGAUUGAAAGAAUCGCUUACAGCUCAAAACAUUUGGAGCAUGUUGUCCGACAACAAGGACAUUCACUGUCAAAUAACUAAUUGCAAGGACAACGGCACAGACAGUGGUGGAAACUGAAUUUAGUUAGUUUUAUAAUAUUUCUAUUCAUGUUAAAAGUUUGUGUUCAUGUUUAAGAAAGGUUUCGUAUGAAUUAAAUCUGUACGGUUAUUUCUCCGUAAAAAGAAAUUCCCCAAAUUGACGGAACAAAACUGAAAUAUUACCUGGCCUAUUUAAGGCCACAGGGGG